CGUGUGCAAGUCUUGAAAUGAGCGAAGAGAAAAGAGGAAACCGAACCCUACUUACAUUCCCGCCUUUCUUCCACUGACCGUAUUUCCCCCAAACUGUGAAUCAAACCGGAGGACGACGAAGUUGAAUCAUGUGUGGCCGUUGUCGCUGUUCUAUCCGUCCAGAUGAUAUCCCUCGCUCUUGCAACCUCGGUAACCGCCGCGUUCGUUUCGUCGAUACAGACCGGUAUCGUCCAGCAUAUAAUGUUUCCCCUGGAUCAAACUUGCCUGUUAUUCGAAGAGACACAGGAGCAAACAGUGAAGGAGCUGUUGUGCAGUGCAUGAAAUGGGGACUCAUUCCAAGCUUCACUAAAAACACAGAAAAACCAGACUAUUACAGGAUGUUCAAUGCUCGUUCAGAGUCAAUAGGUGAAAAGGCUUCAUUUCGUCGUCUUCUUCCUGGAAAUAGGUGUCUGGUUGUGGUGGAAGGAUUUUUUGAGUGGAAGAAAGAUGGUGGGAAAAAACAGCCAUACUAUAUUCAUCUGAAGGAUGAUCGCCCCCUUGUCUUUGCUGCUCUUUAUGAUUCUUGGAAAAACUCUGAAGGGGAGAUUCAAUACACCUUUACUAUUUUGACAACAAGUUCUUCAUCAGCCUUUGGUUGCCUCCAUGACAGGAUGCCUGUUAUUUUAGGGAACCAGGAGUCAACUAAUGAGUGGCUAGAUGGAUCUUCAUCUUCCAAGUUUGAUUCAUUACUCAAACCCUAUGAAGAACCAGACUUGGUUUGGUACCCUGUGACACCAGCAAUGGGCAAGCCUUCUUUUGAUGGACCAGAAUGUAUAAAGGAGAUUCUAGUGAAGGAAACAAAACCAAUCUCAAUGUUCUUUGCAAAGAUGGGGACUAAAAUUGAAAAUCAAUCAGAGCCUAAAGAGGUUGACAAAACAGAAAAACCAAGAAGUCCAAAACAGGAACCUGAAACAAAAUCUGAGACUUUAUAUCUGAAACGUGAGUAUGAUGAUGUGUCUUCAUCUGAUAUAAAAGCUUCCAUGAACCUUCCUUCUGACACCAUCUUCAUGAUGAACUUCUUCAAGAUCAGAAAUGGCCAUGCCACAACCCGUGAUCUUGACCGGAGCUUCCUCAGCUUAUUUCCCAAGCGGAUUGUGGUGCUCUUCCUCCUCCUCAGCCUGCGGUGUGGGCGGCAACACCUGGUCAUGGUGGUGGAGUUGGCAAACACAGAAAAUGUCAUGGCUCCUGCUCCUGUUUUAAACACGUCUUGA